UGUAAAUCAGCCAGCCUGCCUGGUCCUUUCUAAGUGACCAGAGAGAAAAAGAGAAAGGCUGUAAAAGAGGACACAUAAGAUGGCGUGGGGACAGCAAAUGAAGAUUAUCUUGCCACAUACAAGGAGUUUGAUAUUUCUGCUAUCUGUGUCCCUGAGAUGUGCACACUGUCAGCUAGUCGAGGCCCCUACUGAUCCUCCUAAGAAAAAGCCAGAUCCAGUGACUUCAGAGACAGUUGUAUUUUGGGGUCUUCGCCUUUGGCAGGUUAUCGGCGUUUUCUCCAUCUUUGUCUUAGCAGUCAUCAUUACAUUAUGCUGUAUCUUCAAAUGUCGGAUCCCAAGGACAAAGAAAGAGAUUGAAGCCCGAUAUGCGGCACGUCAGGCUGGGAAGGAAUAUGCUGACAAGCUGGAGACUGUUCCACCGUUAAAUGAACUGACAGAAAUCCCAGGAGCUCCAAAGACAGAAGGACAUAAAAAAGAUGUACCGACAGUUUCAGGAAAAGUCGAAGAAGAAGCUAAGAAAGAUGGUGCAAAAGGAGGCAAGAAAAAAGAGGGUGAGAAAAGCAAAGGAGAUGCGAAAGAAGGAAAAGGAGAUGCAAAGGCAGAUGGGAAAGGAAAUGGAAAAGAAGGUAAAGCCAAAGGAGAUACGAAGGAUGGCAAAGACGGAGCAAAAAAGAAGGACGGAGAAAAAGGAGCAAGUGAUAAACAAGGCACUGCAAAGAAAAGCGGGAAAGAAGCAGGAAGCGGAGAUAAACCUGGUGGUGGCACUAAGUCUGGUGGGAAAGGAGGAGAUGCAAAGUCUCCGGCAAAGAAACCACCAGCAAAGAAAUAA